GUGGCAGGUAACACCGAAGGCGUUAAAGAAUAUGAACGCAGAAAGAAAUACAAUCAGACCAAGAAUGGUCGUUUGGAAAUAUUACGAAUUACCGUUGAACCUCAGUUAACCUUAGACAAUUCACUUCGUGAGCAAAAUGAUUCCUAAAAGUUCCGUUCGAUAUGAAAGAUUGCGAACUGAAUACUACGAAGAACCGUGCACUGACCAAGGAAACCCUGAAGAUGAUGAAGAAGUGACCGUUUUUAUUGCACAGACUUUGGGUCGGGAGCACAGAGUCAGGCGGCGGAGCAGGUGUAUGCGGCUGUCUGUGGCCCUCCUGCUGCUCCUAUUGGCCCUCGGGUUCGUGGUCUGCGAGUGGCGCGGGUGCCUGUGUGACGAGAGCGCACCCGCGGGAAGCUCAGCCGCCCCAGGGAAUUCUGGGACGGCUCAGGAGCAGAAGGGACACGGUCACCACCACGAUGACGACCACCAGGAAGGCGAGGACCACGAUAACCAUGGAGACGAAGAACAUCACGAACAUAAGCAUCCAAAUGCUCUCUUUCAUCAUGGCGUUGUCAUUACUGACUCAGCGAUAUGCUCUAAGAUUGGCAGGGGAAUUCUUGAAAGAGGCGGGAAUGCUGUCGAUGCCGGGCUAGCAUCCCUGCUUUGCCUGGGAGUGGUUCACCCGCACACUACAGGUGUAGGUGGAGUAUUUUCGGCUAUUCUUCAUAACCGCACGUCGGGAAAGCACAGAGCGAUACGCUCCGUCUCCCCCGCCGGUCCUCCAUCCGCGCACGGCGUUCCCGCCGCUCUCCAGGGCGUCCGGGAGCUCCACCGGCUCUUCGGCUGCUGCGGGUGGGAGACGUUAUUCUCCGGGGCCGUGAAACUGGCCGCGGACGGGUUCAGCGUGGACCGGUCGCUCGCCGAGGCGCUGCGGAGGAACCGGGAGGAAGUGCUCCGGUCCUCCCUGUGCCAGCUGUUCUGUGAUGGGAAAAACGCUGUCAAAGCUCUGGGAUCCACGGUGGCCAAUCAGAAGUUAGCUGAGCUUUUGCAGUUUGUCAGCCUGAACCGUUCCCGUAUCCCAGAAGGCCUGGCGCUGAAAUUGGCCGCAGAUCUGCCCCCGACGGAGAGGCAGGGGUUUGUCGAGAGUGUCCAGGGGUGCGGGGUGGAAAUUGAUGAGCCUCUUAUCAUAGAAGAAGAAGAAUACAGUGUCUAUGCAGCAACUUCCCCGCUAUCCAGUAAGAUCUUAUCAGAUGUCUUAGGUAAGAUAAAGGAGCAGGACCUAUCCCCUUGGAAAAAUGCAGAUCUGAACAGCAGUGCCUCUGCAUAUAUCAGUCUCUUAACUGCAGCUGAACUGAUAUAUAACGACAGUCUGGCCAAGGAGAACCGCAGUGUUGGAGAUUUGCUGGCGCUGAAUCCAGUGGGCAGCCAUGUUGGGGUGCUGGACAGUGCUGGUAAUGCGUUAGUUAUCUCUUCCUCACUAAACAGCCUGUUUGGAUCAAAGAAACUGCUCCCCUCCACCGGAGUCAUUCUGAGCGAUGUGAGUCCACAUCCCGUUGAGAAUGCGCUCUUCUGGAGCUGCCCGCUAAUCCUGAAACUCAAACAGGAUGAUGCUGAUGAUGACACUAAUAAUGACCACCAUCACCAUGAUGAUGCAGAUGAUGACACUAAUAAUGACCACCAGCACCAUGAUGGUGCAGAUGAUGAAGCUAAUAAUGACCACCAUCACCAUGAUGAUGGCGAUGAUGAUGAUCAUAAUGACCACCAUCAUCAUGAUGAUGGCGAUGAUGACACUAAUAAUGACCACCAUCACCAUGAUCAUGAUGAUGAUGAUGAUGAUGAUGAAGAGCUGCUGGCUGUGGGAGUCACAGGCGGGCUGUCCGCCCCGUUUCUCGCCGCCCAAAUCAUCCUCAGCAUAGUCCGCGGCGGGAAGUCGGCCCAUGAUGCGGUGACCGGCCCCCUGCUCCGCCCGGAAGCGGGCGCUCCCGGGUCGUUAUCGGGGUGCAUCUCCACGGUGACCAAAGGGUCCAACGCAUCCCGGCUGCUGCCAGACAGGCAGGGGGGGGCGGCGGUCAGGGCCGGUUGUCCUGACAACACGCUGGCGCUGAUUCUCCAGGCGCGUUCGGGGCACGUGGGGGCGUACGGCGCCCCCGCAGACGGGGCUCACACUGAUGGGUACUGAGGGGCACCGCGGGCCGACACACUGCCCAAAAUCAGGCCACAGCGGUGGACCAUCUGUCCUACACCACUGUCAGUCCCAAGCCCAAUAUGAAGUGGCUCUAAAUCCCACACCGUUUUGCUUUGGCUGAGACACCAAAAUGUACAAAUUCAUUAUUAAUCCAAUGGCAAUACUUGGGUCCUGUACAAACACAGUCUCUGUGGGCCCCCUUCAAACUGUAGCCCAAAACAAAUUUUGGUUACACUUUAUCUUACAGCCUGUUAAUUACCCAGUAUUCACAGUAAAUACACAGCUACUUGUGUAAUUAUUAGGUAACUACUUUGAUUUUAGUGGUAAGUACUUUACUCAGUGAGUCAGUACAAGUCAGUAUGUACCAUAUGUACAUAAGUACAUUUUACAGCCCGUUUCAUAGUACUUACCUCUGACAUCAAAAUAGUUACCUAAUAAGGACUUGGUAUUUAGCCAGUAAAUACUAGGUCAUUAACGGGCAGCAAAAUAAGAUAUUGAUUAGUAGAAUCAUAAUUAUGUUGUUAUGCUGGGUUACAACAAAAGCCUGCGCCCGCACUGGCCCUUUUGGGAUAAAAUUGGGCACCGCUGCAGUAGGAACUUUAGCUAGUUGUAUUGUGUUUACCAUGGUGUUGGUUACUCUGGGGUUUAGGCUAAUUUGGAGCUCCUCUGGCAGGUGCCCUCAGAUUGCUGUUGGGCAGGUAUGGCUGGUCUGACGUGUCUCCACCUCGAUGUGUGGCAUACCAAAGACAGGGCAAAGUCCACAGUUCAGUUUUAUGAAUAGGGAGCUUGCAAAACAUCAUGUGCAAAAGGUAGUGACAGGUCAGACCAGUUGCCCCUGGUUAAGGACAAAGAGUGCUGCUGUCACAUGGAAUAGAUGCCUAAAUUGUGCUUUUGGCAUGGCCAAAACCAUAUGUUUACAUGUUGAACUUGAUCAAAUCUUUAUAUCUUAGAUAAUGUUACUCAGUGAAUGCUGUGAUGAAUACUGAAUAGUGAUCCUUAUCCUAACUUAUUUAACAUGUCUUUCUUUGAGGAAAUUUGAACAGAAAAAAAUGUCAUGUCCGUAUUAAACUAACUUGCGCUGAAAGAUUCGGACAGAAAAGUAAAUGUUUAUCUUUAUUCUAAACAUUUUGGAUCUUACGGUCAGGCACAAAACAUGAUUGUUUAUAUUUAUUGUAAUAAAUGACCUAUGGAAAUGACUGCCAAACAACUGUUGUUCAGAAAUGAAAUGUCUAGAUCUCUGUCGGGAUCUCAAGCUUCUGUGCGUUUGUAUAUAUUAAUGUCUGAGCUGGGAUUCCUCAGCUAAAACAAGAUCUGAUUGUUAUUAUUAAAUUGUUAUUAUGCUAAAAUAUGAAGAAAGGGGUUACACAGAGGUGAAUAUUUGUGUGACUCUCAGUUACUGAAAUAAGAUCGGCAGACAAUAUUAUUAACCCAACAAAAGUGUAGGUGUUGUUUCGUGAUGUAGCUGUUAAUUUUUUAAAAUCAUUUUAGCAGUUCCUGAUGUGACUACUGAAUGUUAUUUAUUAAAUUACAAUGCGGGGAGGGGAGAGCUUGAUAAAUCGCAGUUGUGUUUGGGGGAGAGUUUUUGGUAAUUCACAGUUCUGCUUCAAGAGAGGGAUUUUUCUUAAUAAAUCACAUUUCAGCUGACUGCGAUUGUUCUUAAUAAAUCACAAUCUGUUUUUUUUUUCCACCAUAGAAAAUGCAAGAUAGUGGAAUACUCUCUGGCUGACAGACAUCACAAUUUCAGAAAGAACUGCCUGGGCUUCUUUGUAGCCUCCGUCUUUGUUGUGAUUUGCAGCUUUCAGGUGCUGACUGUACGGUUUCCCAGCAUCCUUUGCAUAUCUGUUCUCCAGCCUGUUUAACUCAGGGAGGUGCUCAGCCUUGUCUACGGGUCUGAUUAUUUGUUGAUAUUGUUUCAUGGUGUCGUUAUUUUGUUAUAUAUAGCCCUUGAAACCUGGGUACACGGAAUUCUAACAAUAAAUGUAAAAUGAUAUAAACAAAA